UUUUGCACACUUUCAAACUGCAUCUAUAUGUAUUGAUUAACAUGUAUUUCAUUUCAGGAUCAGAGCAAAGUGUGUGGCUUUAAUAUAUAUAAAAACCAAAUAAAAUUUGGUUUUAGGAACUGGUUUAAAUAUUUUACAUAUGUGUCUACGCAACAACACAUUUCGACCGUAAUGUGUAUAUUUUUUUCUUCAAUGAAGAUUUUGGAGGUGUUUACGGAAUUUAAGUAAAACAAAACUGAUAGACUAAGUUAUAUUGUAACAGUGUAUCUUCAUCAGGAAAAUAAUCCCUUCACUAUUUAGUGUCAGCGAAAUGCGCUAUGAAAUUUCACAACUUGUAUCGCCUCAAAAUGGACAACAGUCUUGUUACCAUUUUAAGCCUUCUCUCUCUAAUGUACAUGAAUUGUUUCUGUUUGGAAAGUUAUAAAUGCGGACCAUCUCUUUUGUGUCGAUGUGUUGAAAGGGAUGUGCACAAAGUAUAUAUGGACUGCGAAGCAAAGCAUAUUGAGGCAAUUUCAGAUGUUUGCUCCAGCCUAAACAAUUCGACAUUUAAAACUGUGUCGUUAAAGGUUGGUCGUAAUAAUAUCGGGAAAUUAAUGAAUACAGAUUUCGAAGGAUGCGAAGGUCUUACGGAACUUGAUCUAAAAUUCAAUCAAAUAUCGUAUAUUGAAGAAGAGACAUUUCGAAAACUUGACAACUUACGUGUGUUAGAUCUGUCUGUCAAUAAAUUUGGAGUAUACAGACACGAUUGGAAUGCCACUAUUUUGCCACCAAGCUUGCAUGAAUUAUAUCUCAGAAGUGAAAACGCAGAAAAUGAUCAGACGUAUCCGAACAUUUCACAUUUACAGAAGUUAAGCAAGUUGGAAUUGAGUGGACUGCGAGGUUGCGAUUUACCUGCCUUUUUCAAUACAAUGCAAAUAUCAUACCUUUCGAUGUCUGGUUUAAACCCGUAUGGAACGUGCAAUCUUGAAAAUGUAACAGACACCACAUUUACAUCAAUACACUCUGUUAACACUCUCAAUAUUUCAGGCUGCCGAAUACAGACUAUUUCUGCGAAUGCUUUUACACAUCUUACUCAAUUAGAAGUGUUGGAUUUAUCAUACAACCGGUACUUAGGCUUUGAUUCUAUGGAGAACUUGACUUACAGUCUUCAGUUCACAAACAUUCGUUAUCUAAAUGUUUCGCACUUGUACAACACCUUUGGACUCGGUGUUCAGGUGUACAUGCAAGACUUGUGCUACCUGUGGAACACAACGCUUUAUGAAAUAGAUCUAUCCGGUAACAGAAUAGAGGAGUUCGAAACGAAUGCAGCUAUUCUUACACCAACGUCGUUGAAUAAUAUAUAUAUUGACUACAAUAAAUUUACGUUUGACCCAUAUCUCCUGCAGGUCGGAUGCCUCGUUAAUCUCGUUACAUUCUCCGGAAAAUAUUUGAAUUUCGCAUAUAACCCCUUCGCAUUUAUACCACAAAUGGGUAGUUACAGAAGACAACAAGUUAGGACGAUUCCAAACACUCACUGCCCAUACUUGACAGAGGAAAUCCUGCGAAAAUUAGCGAAUAGAACAGGCUGUUAUUAUAUUCCCGAUAAUUUUACAGCUUUAAGCAUAUCAUCAAUACAGUUUCCUAAAACACUCAAUAAUUUAAUAUUUCAUGACUGCAAUUAUAUUUACGAUCUGAAUAUAGCAUUUGAAAUCCGUCCAGCUGAAAACACAAUGCAUUACUUAGACUUUUCGGGAAAUGUUUUCAAAACAAUUACUGGUACAUUUUCGGGUCUGAAGGAACUUUACACAUUUAAUCUUUCGCGCUGCUACAUAAGUUUUAUUAGUGAGCAUUCCCUCAAUUAUUCCUCCCUCCGUGUUUUGCGAUUGGGUAAAAAUGAUCUUGGAAAUCAACUUUCAUCCGUCAAGAAAGCAAACAUAUUUAAUUAUUUGAUUCGUUUGGAAUUUCUUGACCUUUCUGCUAAUGGGCUGACUGCAUUAAUAACGUCAACAUUUUCGCCCUUAGCUAGUUUGUUAAAACUCGAUAUCAGCCAAAACAACAUAGAAACGUUUGACAUUAUGAUCACCUCGUUAACACACGUUUUACAUCUUAAUUUGGCUGUUAACUCAAUAAGCACAUUACCUAUGGCUGUUGUGCAUCAGUUAGAAAGUACCGCUGCAAAUCUGUCUGAAUCUUUUACCAUAGACAUGAACGAAAAUUCAAUCGCCUAUACAUGCAACAACAAAGAAUUUUUAGAUUGGAUUAACGAACACCAUAAUAAUAUGAUUGGUUUUCCGAACUACCGUUUCAGAACAUCAAAUGGUAGUUACUUGAAUUCAAAGACAUUUGUAAAUGACAUUAGUAAUAUGGAUUCUAGGUGUCGGUCAUACACACUUGUCAUAGUUUUGUCUGUGUUGGGGGUUUCUGUUUUACUUGCAAUUAUAAUUGGUGGCAUCGUGUAUAGACAUCGAUGGAAAAUUCGAUAUUUCAUGUUUUUGUCGAAGAAACAGUUCUUUGGCUACCGACGCCUGCCCGAUGAUACGCUGCUGGAAAACUAUAAGUACGACGCAUUUAUAUCUUUCUCUGAUGAUGAUAUCAAAUUUAUUGUGAAUGAAUUUAUUCCACGCUUAGAGACCGAUGGCGUGUCUCUUUGCAUUCAUCAUCGGGAUUUCCUUCCAGGCAACUCGAUUUCGGGCAACAUUAUACGCGCCAUCCAAAGCAGCAGAAAGACCAUCGUCAUCUUGUCAGAAGCGUUUUUAAGGAGCACGUGGUGCAUGUAUGAAUUCAACAUGGCGAGGAUGGAGAGUUUAUACUCGAGAGAGGAUCAGGUGUUUCUAGUGUUUGUUAUGCUUGAAAAUGUGUCACAUAACAAGAUGCAAUUGGAAAUGCUUCGAUGGAUUCAGGAAAAAAGCUAUAUUGAAUAUACAAACGAUGAAGAAGGACAAAGAAUGUUCUGGGAGCGACUCAAGUUGCUGAUUCAAUAAUUGUGUCUUGUAAUAGUAAAUUGUUAUUUAUGGUUUAGUGAAAUGUUUAACAAUAACCAUUUCGUUUAAGAAAUUAGAAUAAUGAGGCAAACUACUGUAACACGAAAUUUAAUUUUUGUAUUAAAUAGCUUGCUUUAGGACAGUAUUUCGUUUAACGUCAAUAUUAAUGUCUUAAAAAGAUACAAAUAUGUAUUUCAUGUACGACGGCAAAUUUUUAUUUAAUUAUGUUAUUUCUUUUUUUUUUGUUUAUCCGAAAGGGAACUCUCAUAAAUACUAUAUGUUAUUGUUGUAUUUAUUAUUUAAUCAUGAUUUACAUGAUGUUCAUCAAAGAAAUAAACUCUUUAUGCCUUUAGGUAUUUUCUCUGUAUCCUUCUUACCUGUAACAGUAUGUAAUGUUAAUGAGAAUCUAUCAUUAUUCUUGAAUGUUUAAAAAACUUGGAAAUUUAUUCAAACUUUUAAACACCAUUACAUGUACAUUAUAAUGUGAUGUCAAUUUACGCUACAAAAUGCACGCAUAGAAUAACUGCAUUUUUUUUUAAUUUGUGAAGACUGAUAUGUUUCUGAUGCAUAUAUGAUGGUAUAAAACAUUUGUUUAGCAUGUGUUUUAAAUCUUAAGUUAUAUUUUAAAACAACAACUGUAAAGAAUGAAUCUGCUAUAAAACAUACCAGAUGCUUCAUUAUCUUUAACGCAUAACAUAUCAUGCAUACGUACAUACAUUAAAAAACCUGCAGAGCUGUUACAGAGGGUACAAAUAUUUCAACACAUUUUCCUGUUAACUGUCCAAUAUUCAGCAACUUUCUUACCAACACAUUUAUUUCAUAGGCACUGCGCAUGCCAUUAAUUGCAUUGAAAUUGCAUUUUCAUGAUAUCGUUUAGUAACCGUUUGAGCGUUUGCUAGCCGUUUGCUAAAACGUUUUUAGGUUCACUGCCGUGUUCACCAGAGGUGGGGGAUACACAUUGUCCCGCUCGCGCUCCGUCCGUCAGUCAGUCGACCCUGAACAAGUUGCACAAUUUCCCACUUGGGUAUUGUUUAUGUUGCGUUGCAUUGUGUUAAAUAUUAUUAGUAAGACUCCGUGUCUUAACAGUUACACGGAUUUAUAAACUUUUAGACAACUUGCAUAAUACUUACUUGAAUGAAACCAAACAUGAACAGUAAAUACGGGUCAUAUUUUGUGUUUUAUUUAAAUGUAUAGA